UGUCUUUUAAAGCACUCUCAAAAUCUAAUGGAACGUUGGCAAGGUAAAUUGGCGGUGGUCACUGGCGCUAGCGGUGGCAUUGGUGCCGCUUGUGCCCGUGCAUUGGUUAUAGCAGGUCUUCGUGUGGUCGGCCUCGCACGUCGUGAAGCUAAGCUGCAGGAGCUGAAGCAAAGUUUGCCACCAGCACUGCAGCCCCAAUUUAUUCCAGGCCGCUGCGAUGUCUCCAAAGAGGAUCAAGUUAUUGCGGCAUUUGAUUGGACUGAACGCAUGUUGGGUGGUGCAGAUGUUUUGCUCAACAAUGCUGGUAUUACGCGUGAGACGGAACUGGUGGCUGACAAUAACACGGAGAAGAUACGCCAGGUAAUUGAUACCAAUGUAAUGGCGGUAUUGUGGUGUACUCGUGAAGUGUUCCGAGGCAUGUUGAAGCGUGGCAAUGAGGGCCAUAUUUUGAUCAUCAAUAGCAUUGCGGGACAACAAGUGUUGAAUUUUAUCGAUGUGCUACCGAGUUUCAAUAUAUAUCCGGCGACUAAGUUUGCCAUAACAGCCAUGACGGAAACUUAUCGACAAGAAUUUCAGUUGCACAAAAGCAAAGUCCGAGUAACGGGUAUCUGCCCAGGUGCCGUCAACACAAACAUAUUUCCUGAGGAAAUUCAUUUCUAUGUCAAACAUAUGGCGCGCCUGGAGCCAGAAAAUAUAGCCGAUGCGGUUUUGUUUGCACUACGUACGCCGCCUCACGUACAGAUACACGAAAUCACUUUGAAACCAAUGGGAGAAAUAUUUUAAUAAAUAUUUAUGUGUAAAAAAAAUUAAAAUAUUUAUUGGAGGAACAAACAAAAAAAAAACAUAUGUACUUACUUUUCUUUGUCACUUUAAAUAAUACAUGUAAUAAAUAUAUGUACCUAAAAA